AUGUAUUUCCUUUCAACAGAUGAAGUUUACCUUACAAAUCCAAAUGAAAUAGUCCCAGCGCAGUUUGUAUUGGACCAGUUAUGUAAGCAAACAGAACUACGUAUUACUAAGGCACAAAUUUCAAAUUUGUGGACAAAGCAUUACUUGCACUCGAAGUUGUAUGCUGAUAGAGACCAUACAACAGGUGGUAAAGAAACUGUUUCUUGUAAAGCGACAUUUUUCACCGGUGAAAGUCUUACCUUACUUGCUCGACAUCCAGAUCCUAGAUGGGCUUCUAUGAAUAUAAUGGGACAAGUGUUGUGUGCCCUUCGCAGUUUAGAACGCUGGGCUGAUAAUCUUGAACUAUCAGCUACAUCCUCUGAUUCUACGAACCACCAACCAGCACUGUUUACUGAUGCAAGUUCAUCUGUUAGCUUCAAUCGCACAAACUCUACGGAAAUGGAACAGUUUUCAACUCCCCAGCUAUUGUUAUCCCGUCAGCUCAAGUUCCUGGAAUCAGUCUUUUCGUCGUGAAAUCGAAUUGGGAACUAGUCCAUACAUUACUACAAACAAAAUGCACUAAAUAACUGAAAAUCAAUAUUGUUUAUUCGGCAACACCCCUAUGCAUUUCUGUCUAGAUUUCACCAGUCCCUUUGCUUCUGAUCAUCUUAAACGUUUCAUUUAACGUUUCAUAUAAUAAAUAAGCGGAAUCCUGUACAUAAAACCCUAUCUCUAUGCUGAUAAUUUCGCUUAUUAUUUUCUUUUGAUUGAAAACUGUCGAUCAUCGUUUUAAUCAUUGCUUUCAUUGUGUAUACCUUUAAUAUUUUUCCAUUUUUUAUUUUAUAUUUCUUUGCAAAGUCAUUCUGUAUUUCAUUUUGGCUUACGACUAAAUACACCUCUCUCCAUUUCUCUUUUUCGGUCUGCAUCUCUAAUUUUCUACAGCUUUUAUGCGGC